AUGCAACGGCAAAAGACGGAUGUCUACGUCAAGCGGCGCAGCAAGUCGACAAUCGACGAGGACGGCGACACAAGCGGCGCUGGAUACGUGGCGCGCUCGGCGUUCAAGCUGAUCCAGCUCGACGAGCGCUACAGGUUCUUGCGACCGGGGCGUGUGAUCGUCGACCUCGGCGCUGCACCAGGUGGAUGGAGCCAGGCGAUAGUCGAGCGCAUCCAGCGCCCCAGAGCGGCAAAAACACCCGUAUUCGCACUUGACCUGCUCCCAUUCGCCGAGAUUGACGGUGUCACUUCGAUUCAGGGCGACUUCUUGGAUGGCAAUGUGCAGGCGCAGCUGAGGAAGCUCGUGGCAGAUGCAUCGGCUGCAUCGGCGACUGACCAGCGCGGCUUUGUCGAUGUGGUGGUCAGUGACAUGAUGGCCAAUACGACGGGCAACCCAAUCACGGAUACCGAGGCAUCCCUGGAGCUCUGUCGAGCCGCUGCCAGCUUUGCAUUCGACACGCUGCGCCGCGACGACACGCCCAAGCAGGAGGAUGCGCGCCAAUCGCGGCCCGCAUCUGCGCUGGCAGGCAGCAGCUCGGUGCUGGUGAUGAAGUACUUUAUGUCUCACGAAGCCGACGUCUUUCGCAGGGAGGUGCUCCAGCCGCACUUUCACUUUGUCAAGGCCGAAAAGAUGGAUGCCAGCCGCAAAGAGUCGCGCGAGCAGUUCUGGAUCUGCAUCGGAUUCAAGGGCAGGCGGACAACGCAGCCGCAUGAGCAAGCAGAAUCCCGACACCAUGUCGCUCAACUAGAUCUCAUCGCAAUAGAAGCCAGUGUGCACACCACUGCACCCUACGCACGACGAACAUCUCGAUCCACAGCCACCAUGUCUGCCACCGCACACCCCGCUCGACCCCGGGCCACCUCGUACAUCCUCGUCUCCUCCGCAAACCCGGAUGAGCCACAAGACUCCAACUUUCCAUCCGAAAACAAUGCGCCGCCGCCUCGUCUUCGACCACGCUUCUACUUUCUCCUCCCGCUGGUUGCCGUGCUUGACAUUGCGCUGGCGAUUGUUCUUGGUGUGCUCGUGUUGCGCCAGGAAGCGCGUCGCCGCUCGCAUCCUGACAAUGCAGCACAGCUCGACGAUGCCGCUUGGGAGCGCCGCAAGAUCGUCGUGGCCGUGGUGGUCUUCUCGGUGGCGCGCGCUGCUGCGUACGCGAUCGUGGGCAUCAGCCGACGCAUUCGGCAGCUCGGCGUAACCGUAGCCGCGAUGAGCAUCCUCAGCACGCUCUUCUACGUCUCGGUCGCCAAUCUGCUCUUCCAGGCGCGCCCCAAACCCGACGUGCCCGACGCUGGCCUGCUCUCGUGGUCCGCGAUGCCCAUUCUCGCCCAUCCGUGGCACUGGCCCGAGGCGUUCCGACACUUUGUGCCCACCAUGCCCAUCCUCGUGGGCUCGCAGCAGGCGUUGACGCUCUUCGAGUGGAUCCUCUACAUCGCCGUCGUAGGCGUCAAGGUCCCACCCGGCGGGAAUCCGAUCACCGCCAAGAGAUGGCAACGCAACCUGGCGCAGGAUCCCGACUUCCAGCGCGGCGUCGAUGCACAGAGCCUGUAUCACUCGGACGUCGAGGAUGGCCAGCCCGAGGAGCAGGAUUCAACGCCAGCAGCAGCAAGCGUGCACACGCAUCAAGCAAGGGAUGCCUCUGCUGCCUCCACGCACGACGACCCGGCCGAUGCGAGCAGUCGGCCGCUCCUCGCCACCAGCCCCGCCCGACCUUAUGGCUACGGCAGCACCGCCUCCGAGCCCAGAACGCCGCCAACAGACGCUGCGGCCCAUCUGUCCCCGGCCGCGCAAACGGCGCAAGGGAUGAGUCGAAGCGCGUCCAGCCGCUCCGGCAUGUACUCGCGCUCCCCUGGCGCCGCCGAACUCGGCAUGUCCUCGCACCGAGGCUCGGCGAUGAUCGGCGAUGAUAGCGGCGAAAUCUCUGAAGACCACGACGACGACGAGCAAGGCGAGAACAGCGAUCCGGACGACAUUAUCGACAUCACGCCCAACCGUGCCGUUGCGCGCAAAGAGGCAAGGCUGCGACUCGCGCGUGCAGCGCUUCCCGAACGCAGGGCGUCCGUCGGUACGCUCUCGACGCUCAACAUCUUUGGCGGCCAUGCCAGCGGCGAUAACAGCGGCUCGGAGGCUCAGCCACGAGGUGCAGCGCGUGCACCGGGCGUGUUAGCCGAUGAGGCUGGAAGCCCGCUUGCCCGUACGGCUCAGCACGACGACGGCAUGCCCGCCACGCUCAUGACCGCCGCGCCAUCGUCCGAGUCGAGACACGCUUCGGCAUCACAGCUGCUGCCGUCGUCGAGCAGCACACGCUCCGCCUCGACACGCACGAGCUCGGCCAGCAAGGACCGCAAGUUCAAGCUGCCAAAGUGGAUGAAGCCCGGUCGGAAAAAGUAG